GCUCUGACGACCAGCACGAAAUGUGCAAAACGAGGCACAAAGUCGCGAAUUAUGGUGUCUAUCCGUCGAGGAAUGAGGCCACAACGACAGGCGCCUCGUGUCACUGGCACAUAUGCACCUCAUGGGUCCGUCUGGCUCCGCCGUCAAAUCACUUAUCUCGCGUCCGCGCGUCCAUCAAGAUCGCACCGCUUGCCGAAUGUGGAUUCUCCGAAGCAGAGGCUUUAUAUACCGGCGAGGGAUUCGAUGGGUUCCUUGAUACAGAUAGCUCGUUCUGUCCUGUAUCUGAGCGCCCCUCGCUCCCUCGCUCACUCUUGCUGCUCCCGUUGACACCCGGCACCGUUGUCCUCGAGCACUAUGGCAGAGAAGCAGAUCAACGAGAAGGACUCCGCCAGCUCUAUCUCUGAGAAGGGCGGAGUCCUCGCGGACGUCGAUGUCCUUGGAAAGGAGAUCGAGUCCCUCCCGGAGGACAUCAUCGAGGCGGCUGAGUAUGCGAAGACCAUGAGCGCGGAGGAGAUCGAGCAGACCAUCCACCUCAUCGUCACUGAGCACGGUGAUGACCCUAACUUCCCCGUUCACGUCAUUGCUGCUGCCAACCGCUACCUGAACGAUCCGACUCUCAAGGACGAUGCGCUCGAGUACCAGCGCAUCUACGAGGAGCUCAAGGUCGAGGCUGCUAUGAUGCUGGUGAACUCGCCGUAUGCUGAAGUUCGCGCUGUCGUCUCCAACAAGGAUGACCCGACCUUGCCUGUCAUGAGCUUCCGCGCAUUUGUCAUCGGAACUGUCUUCGUCGGUGUUGGUGGUUUCAUCAACCAAUUCUUCAGCAUUCGCUACCCCGGUAUCAGUGUUGGGUCGAAUGUCGCCCAGAUCUUGGCGUACCCGGCUGGCAAACUGUUCGAGCUUCUGCUCCCUACUCGUCAAUUCACCACGUUCGGCCACACCUGGAGCUUCAAUCCUGGACCCUUCAACCCCAAGGAGCAUAUGAUCAUCACUAUCAUGGCGAACGUCGGAUUCAGCACCCCAUACACAAACAACAUCAUCUGGGUCCAAUACUUGCCGCUGUAUUUCAACCAGUCUUGGGCUUCCAACUUCGGCUACCAAGUUACCAUCGCUUUGUCGACCAACUUGAUUGGAUAUGGACUUGCCGGUCUUACCCGUCGUUUCCUGGUUUAUCCCGCGUCGGCCAUCUGGUACUACAACCUUUCGUCGAUCGCUCUUAACCGUGCGUUCCACUCGGAGAAGGCCACCGUCGCCAACGGAUGGCGCAUGUCCCGUAUGCGCUGGUUCUUGUACUGCUUCGCGGGCAUGUUUGUGUACUUCUGGUUCCCCAACUACAUCUUCCAGGCUCUGUCUUACUUCAACUGGAUGACUUGGAUUGCCCCGGACAACGUCGACCUUGCGGCCAUCACCGGUACUGUUUCUGGUCUCGGAUUCAACCCGGUGCCAACCUUCGACUGGAAUCAAUUGACCUAUCUGCUCGACCCUAUCAUCUCGCCCUUCUAUGCGACUUUCAACAGUUUCAUCGGUGCACUGAUCACCUUCCCCGUGAUUGUGGCCAUCUGGUACACCAACACUUGGAACACCGGAUACCUGCCGAUCAACUCCAACCACGUGUUCGACAACACCGCCAGCCCAUACAACGUCUCUCGCGCUACCGGAUCUGACAAGCUCUUCAAUCAAGCCAGAUACGAGAACUACUCGCCUGCUUACCUCGCAUCCGGUAACAUCACCAUCUACGGCGUGUUCUUCGCGGUUUACACGGCAACUCUGACGCAUGCGAUUCUUUACCACCGCCGCGAGAUGAUGCACGGCUUCCGCAGCAUCUUCUCCUUUGGCAAGAAGACUUCGGAUGUGCACCGGGACGUUCACGUUCGGCUGAUGGAGAACUACAAGGAGGUUCCCGAAUGGCAGUAUUUCCUCAUCCUGGUCUGUGCUAUCGCUCUUGGCGCUGGCGGUAUCGGUGGCUGGCCGACGCAGACCACACCCGCUGUUGUGUUGUACGGUGUCUUCUUGGCUGCCAUCUUCGUGAUCCCCAUCGGAAUCAUCUACUCGAUCACCAGUGUGCAGAUCACGCUCAACGUGCUGGCUGAGCUGUUUGGUGGUCUCUGGUUCCCCGGCAAUGCGAUCGCCAUGAACUUCUUCAAGUCCUACGGCUACGUGACCACGGCCCACACGCUCAACUUCGCGCAGGACCUCAAGUUGGCCCACUACAUGCAUCUGCCGCCCUAUGUCACGUUCUAUGCUCAGAUCUGGGCGACCUUGGUCUCCUCGCUCAUCUGCGCUGCCAUCCUCAACUUCCAGAUGACCCAGAUCUCGGGUGUCUGCACGCCGCACCAGGUCAACCACUUCAUCUGCCCGGGUAUCAACACUUUCUUCACUGCCAGUGUGCUCUGGGGAACCCUUGGCCCCAAGCGCAUGUUCGGUGCCGGCGGUAUCUAUAACAGCCUGUUGUAUUGCUUCCUCAUCGGUGCUCUGCUGCCCAUCCCCUUCUACUUCCUCCGCAAGCGCUUCCGAAUCUUCGAGCACGUCCACUUGCCGGUGAUCAUCGCUGGUGGACUGAUCUGGGCGCCCGGAAACUUGGGCAACAUCUGGCCCGCUGUUCCCGUUGCGUGGUUCUUCAAUGUGUACAUCAAGAAGCGCUACCUUGCCUGGUGGAGUAAAUACAGCUACAUCAUGACGACUGCGUUCUCGGCCGCCAUCGCCAUCUCCGCCAUCGUCAUCUUCUUUGCCGUCCAGUGGUCGAACAUCAACAUCGACUGGAUCGGCAACAACCGGCCGUUCCUUGGCUGUGACGGUGCUGGAUGCGCACGACUCGAAGUCCCCGUGAACGGCACCUUCGGCCCGGCCGUCGGUCAGUUCCACUAGUCGCUGCGGUCGUGCGUUGUACAACAAAGUAGAUACAUAUUUAGUCUUUAUAGUCGUCUCAUGGUCUUACGAGUGGAAUGAAAUAAUGAUUCCU